AUGGUUGACAGCUCAACUGUUUUUAAUCUUCUUCGUUCCCACCCAAAACAGACUUCUCUCCGUUUCAAGUCUCCCGUUUGUCUUGAGUCUCGUUUCUCUUCAACAGAACACAGAAAUCCUGUAUCCAACGUAACCAAAUUGAUAGCCCCCCGCGCUCCAUCCUACGCUUCAGUCCUUCAAGGACUCAAAGAACUUAAGCCCAUUCAACAGAUUCACGCCCAGAUAAUUACAUCGGGCCUUGCUCAAAACAUCUUCCUCUCCAACAGGUUGAUGAACUCUUACGCUUCUUGCGGACUCCUGAAUGUGGCAAAGCAGAUUUUUGGACGAAUUCAAAAUAAAAACCUGGUUUCUUGGACAAUUUUGAUAUCUGGGUUCACAAAGAAUGAGCGUUAUUUCGAGGCUUACGAGGUGUUCUGUGACAUGAUAAUGAGUGGCUUCCUGCCCAAUGUGGUUACUAUUACGAGCAUUCUAUCUGCUCUUGCUAACUUGGGCUUGAUUCGGGUCGGAAGAUCGUUACACUGCUUCUUGAUCCGAUAUGGUUUGGGAGUUAACGUCUUCGUAGAGACAUCCUUGGUCCUUUUGUAUUCGAAAGUUGGCUGCAUGGAUGUUGCUUGGAGACUAUUUGACAAAAUGCCCGAUAAAAAUAUUGUUACAUGGAAUGCUCUUAUUUCAGGCUAUUCCAAUAAAGGCUUUGGUGACGAAGUUCUUCAACUUUUUAAUUUGAUGCAGAGAAAUGGAUUUUCUCCAGACUUUUUUACUAUAGUCAGUUUGAUAUCAGGGUGUUCUGCCAUAGGUUCUUUACAGUUGGGGAGUGUAAUUCAUGGUUGUACGAUUAAAACUGGGUUCGAGAAUGAUCAGAUUAUUAAGACUGCUCUGAUUGAUAUGUAUGCAAAAUGCAGGUGCGUCGAACAUGCAUAUAGCUUAUUCGACGAGAUGCCUGUGAAGGAUGUGGUUACAUGGACAUUGAUGCUCUCUAGCUUUUCACAUGUUGGGUAUAUGAACAAAGCUAUGCAGAUCUUUAACGAAAUGAUUGGGGUGGAUGAGGUAGCACUGGAUUCUAUCUGUUUGAUUGGCAUCCUUUCAAGUUGCAGUCGAUCAGGAGCUCUACAACAGGGCAGACGUGUUCAUGCAUUGAUGAUAAAAACAGGUUUUGAAGAUGAUAUUUUUGUAGGAUCUGCACUUAUAGGCAUGUAUGCUAAUUGCGGGAAUUUGGAGAGUGCAAGAAAAUUCUUUGAGGGAAUGAAGGAAAAGGACAUUGCAUGCUGGAAUGCCAUGAUUGCUGGUAAUGGGAUGAAUGGGUGCGGAGAUGAUGCAAUUGAUCUUCUUUGGAAAAUGCAGGGGAAAGGCUUAGAGCCAGAUGAAUCAACUCUGUUGUGUGUCUUGUGUGCAUGUAGUCAUGCUGGAAUGGUUGAUCAAGGGCUUCACAUUUUCCAUUGCAUGGUUAGAUAUUGGCAUAUAUUACCAAAUCUACAACACUAUACUUGCAUUGUUGAUCUUCUUGGUCGUGCCGGGCGACUAGAUGAUGCCCAUUUGCUGAUCAAUACCAUGCCUUUGCAGCCUGAUGCUGGAGUUUAUGGGGCCUUGCUAGGUGCCUGCAGAGUCCAUGGAAAUAUCGACUUGGGAUUACAGAUUUCAAAAAAGCUUUUUGAAUUAGAUCCAAACGACGCUGGGUACUAUGUCUUACUUUCAAAUAUGUAUGCAACUGUAGGAAACUGGGAAGGUGUUAAGAUGACAAGAGUAUCAUUGAGAUCAAAGGGAUUGAAGAAGACCCCAGGGUUCAGUUCUAUCGAGAUAGAUAUGGAGAUUUUUACAUUCAUGGCUGGGGAUAUAGAUCACCCCCAAUACCCUGAGAUUCAUAGGAUAUUGAAGAUCAUGAUUAACAAGAUUAAAGAAGUAGGUUACGUGCCCGACAUUAAGCUUGUAUUCCAAGAUGUACCAUAUGAAACAAAGAUAAACAUCCUGUAUCACCACAGUGAAAAGCUGGCUAUUGCUUUUGGAUUAAUGAGAACUAAACCUGGAACAACCAUCCGGAUAACAAAGAACCUACGUACCUGCAAUGAUUGCCACACAGCUACCAAAUUUAUCUCCAAGGUCUUUGAAAGACCAGUUGUCAUAAAAGAUGUCAAUCGCUUCCACUUUUUCCAAGAUGGAGCUUGUUCUUGCAAAGACUACUGGUGA